GGGCGGGCGGGUCCCCGCGCGGGCGGUGGCUGCGGGAAGAAGAGCGCGGACGGAGGGCGCGGGCCGAGCGGGCGCGCUGACCAUGGCCUCCAAGUGUCCCAAGUGCGACAAGACCGUGUACUUUGCCGAGAAGGUGAGCUCCCUGGGCAAGGACUGGCACAAGUUCUGCCUCAAGUGUGAGCGCUGCAACAAGACGCUGACCCCUGGGGGCCACGCAGAGCAUGACGGGAAGCCAUUCUGCCACAAGCCCUGCUACGCCACGCUGUUCGGACCUAAAGGCGUGAAUAUCGGGGGCGCUGGCUCCUACAUCUAUGAGAAGCCCCUGUCCGAGGGACCGCAGGUCACCGGCCCCAUCGAGGUCCCCGUGGCCCGAGCAGAGGAGCGUAAGGCGAGUGGCCCCCCCAAGGGGCCCAGCAAAGCCUCCAGCGUGACCACAUUCACCGGGGAGCCCAAUAUGUGUCCUCGCUGCAACAAGAGAGUCUACUUUGCGGAGAAGGUGACGUCCCUGGGCAAGGACUGGCACCGGCCCUGCCUUCGCUGCGAGCGCUGCGGGAAGACGCUGACCCCUGGUGGGCACGCGGAGCACGACGGCCAGCCGUACUGCCACAAGCCCUGCUACGGCAUACUCUUCGGACCCAAGGGAGUGAACACGGGCGCGGUGGGCAGCUACAUCUACGACAGGGAUCCCGAGGGCAAGGUCCAGCCCUAGGCUGUGGUCCCUCUGCCCCGCCAGAUCCUGUCCCUCCGGGCUGCUGGGCUCCCACAAGUUGAGUGACCAGCUGCCAGCCCUGCCCAGCUCCUGCUUGCAACCUGGCUGAGCUGGAGGAGGGGCGGGCGAGGGCAUGAGGCCCCUCCCACCCCCCAUGUGUGGGUGUGUCUGUCCCGUCUGGCCGUCUCUGCAGGUCCCUGUCACCCCUUUUUGUGUCUGUGUCCGUGGGUGCCUCCCUGGCCCCGCCUCACUCCAUGUGUCUCCCAGCAUUUCUGCGUGUCCCUGCCCCCGUCCCCUGUCCCCUGUGGGUCUCCGAGGCGGCUGUCCCCCUCUCCCUCUCCUGCUGCCCCAGGCCAGCCCUGCCAGUGUUAUUUAUGCCCCUCUUGCCGGUGACGGCCACGCCCCUCACGUUGUCCCCCAGGUGGAAGGUGUCCCUGCCCGGGGCUCUCUGCCUGGCUCCCACGCUGCCUUGCAAGCUGCCAGCUCCGCCCUCACGUGGUUCACUCCCCUGCUGAGACUUUGCUGUCAAUAAAAGGUUUGAGGAUUGCA